AUGGCGCGAAAGAUGAUGAGUAGCUCGAGCUCCAGCUGCAGCAGCCUGCAGCUCGUUGAGACGAAGACGACGACGAGGCUGCACGUUUUGGCUGCCUGUGGCUUGCUUCUGCUGCUCGCUCCGGCGGCCGCCGCCGGCGACUACCCGCCGACGGCGAACGGCUUGUCGUACGGGUUCUACGGGAGGAGCUGCCCCAGGGCGGAGUCCAUCGUGAGGAGAUUCCUCAGGAAGGCCAUCCGCAACGACGUCGGCCUCGCCGCCGGCCUCAUCCGCCUCCACUUCCACGACUGCUUCGUCCAGGGUUGCGAUGGGUCGGUGCUGUUGGAGCGCACGGCGACGGAGAAGAGCGAGCUGGACGCGCCUCCCAACGAGACGAUCCGGCCGUCGGCGUUGAUGGCCGUGAGGCGGCUCCGCUCGCUGCUCGACAAGGCGUGCGGCGGCGCCGUCGUCUCCUGCGCCGACAUCCUCACCCUCGCCGCGCGUGACGCCGUCCGCCUGGUGGGCGGGCCGGAGUACAAGGUGCCCCUGGGGAGGCGCGACGGCGUGAGGAUUGCGACGAGGGAGAAUGUCGUCGCCGCCUUCCCGCCGCCGAGCUCCAACGUGACGACGCUCCUCGCCGCCGUGGCCAAGAUCAACCUCGACGUCAACGACCUCGUGGCGCUCUCCGGCGCGCACACGCUCGGCGUCUCCCGCUGCAUCUCGUUCGACAACCGCCUCUUCCCGGAGCGGGACCCCUCCAUGGACAAGUGGUUCGCCGGCCAACUGAGGCUCUCCUGCCCGGCCAAGAACACCACCAACACCACCGCCAUCGACGUCCGGACGCCCAACGCCUUCGACAACAAGUACUACGUCGACCUGCUCAACCGGCAGGGGCUCCUCACCUCCGACCAGGAGCUGUUCAGUGAUGGCAGGACAAGGGGCCUCGUCGGGAGGUUCGCCGUCGACCAGGCCGCCUUCUUCCGGCGCUUCGCCUUUUCCAUGGUGAAGAUGGCGCAGAUCCAGGUGCUGACGGGAGAGCAGGGGGAGAUCCGCAGGAACUGCUCCGUGCGCAACACCGGCAGUGGCACCUAG